UAAUACAACAGUAAAUGUCUGGUAGGUAUUGUUUUUACAGCAUGUAUCUUUAUGUUAUUAAAAAAAUCCAUAGGGGUAUAUAAAGCCGUCGAUUAUCAAUUAAAGGUACAAGUAGUGUCACAGCUAUAAACAGUUUCUUGGUUUUAAAUUUUCAAAACUCUCAAAAUCUUUAUCAUGAAGGUUUUCUUUGUCCUCGCCGCCCUUUUGGUUGCUGUCUCAGCUAGUUCAUUAUUGGACGGCUUACUUUCUAGUACUUGCGGCGGUGUGGGAUCACUCGCUACUGGCCAGAUGGGAGCCUUAAAUGGUUUACUUGGCUCAAAUUCUGGAUCAAAUGCUGGAUCAGGUUCUGCUUCUAAUUCUAAUUCAAACGGUCCAAAUGGUUCAGGUUCCACUUCUUAUGCCAAAUCUGCCUCUGAAUCAGUAGCUGGUUCAACAAGCUCUUAAAAAGUUAUUUCAAAACUAUUAUUGUGUCCAGAAAACCAGCGAUAGUUUUUCUAGCUUUCUGAUUUUCUAAAAAUUUUUUUUAAAAUGAAUAUUCUACUUUUUUCGAUGAUGAUUAUAUUUCGAAAAUUUAAUAAACGUUUUACUCUCACAUAAA